AUGAAAUCAAGCUUCAGCAGCUUCAAGCACCCCCGCUUCCGCCGCACCGACCUCUGCCUUACAGAGUGGGUCGAGCUGUACCGGCCCGGCGGCUACCACCCGGUCGUUGUCGGCGACGAGUUCCAGGAGGGCCGGUAUCGCGUCAUAAGGAAGCUCGGGGCAGGGCGGAGGAGCACGGUCUGGAUGGCGGUUUGCGGUGCGGGCCGCAUCGGAGGCGCACCCGCUCACCAGAGCCGCGAGCCUCACCCCUACGUGGCCCUCAAAUGCCUAGCCAGCAGCGCCGCGCACGCCCCCGAGCUCGAGAUGCUGACGGCCCUCGCGUCUCCAAGCCCGCACGGAAGCGCGGACGGGCAGCGAUACAUGCUCCCCCUCCUCGAAAGCUUCACCUCGGCCUCCCCCAACGGCACGCACACCAUCCUCGUGCUGCCCCUCCUCGCGGCCGACGCCACGACCCUCCCGCCGCAGCUCCCGUGCUACCGCGCGCAGACGUACGACGAGAUGCGGCGCGGGGUCAACCGCGCGCGCUUCGGGACGGGGCGGGCGAAGAGGGUGCUGAAGCAGGUGUUGGGCGGCCUGGCGUUCUUGCAUGCCCGCGGCGUGGUGCAUGCCGGGCUGCGCAUGCGGGCUGUGGGCUUCCUGGCGGGGGAGAGGCUGGCGGGGGUUGAGGAGAGGAGGGUGACGCAGAGGAGGGCCCGGACGGAGAGAGUGAGGAGGGUGGAUGGGAGGAAGGUGGAUCGGAAUGCGCCACGGUAUGUGGCUGCGGCCAUGGGGAUGGAGGCGUUUGCUGAUGUCGAUGUUGAGAGGGGGAUCAGGAUUGGGGAUCUGGGCAGCGCUUUCUACGCCAGUUCUCCACCAGAGAUAUUGGCGACGAAACCCGAGUCGCACCAUUUCCGCGCCCCGGAAGUCAUCUUGCCGCUCGGUAGCAGCAGCAGCAGCAGCACGCCUUUGACGCCUGCGCUCGACAUCUGGGCCUUCGGAUGCCUCAUAUACGAGCUGCUGACGGGACUGCCGCUCUUUCCGGUCGCGGACUUCACCGAGCAGGAAGAUGUCGACGUCGAGCACCUCAUCGCGCUGAACGACACCAUCGCCCCGCUGCCCGCGAGAUGGGACGCUCUGCUCUUUCCCCUGACCGCGGAGGCGAGGGAGAGCGCGCCGUACAAGAAGCGGCAGCGGGUGAUGCAGAGGGAUGGCGAGGGCGGCUGGAUCCAGACGGGCGUGUCCGCGAUUGGGAAGUUGAGGAUGGAGCGUCGGGACACGCUCAAGGCGCUGUGGAAGAGAGAGAGGCCGGUGGACGUGGAUGCCAAGGAGGCGGCGGAGAUCUUCAAGGUGUUAAGGGGGGUGUUGCGGUUUGAUGCGAAGAAGAGGCCGACGGCGGGCGAGUUACUGGAGGAGCAGUGGUUCAAGGACAUUGUGGUGUAG